CAGUUUAAGAACUUUGCUCUUCUGUUUCAGAUUAUCCUUGUAUUCUGAGUGGAGAACGUAUUCUAUUCAUUAAUCCACUAGAAAAAGACAUGAGAAAAAUUUGUCGAUUGGUUAAAUUGAAAAUACUGAAUCAAGAUGCAAAGAAUGAAUGUCAGAAGUUGUUUGAUGCACUUGCUGGUGUGGUUACACUUCCUCAAGACUUGUUCACAACUGGACACUUUCCAGGAACUUUAUUCUGGUUUCCCUUGCGUCAGAAACCAUCACAGCUGUCUGAUAAUCUGUAUAACUCAGAGAAAUUGCAAGAUUUGUUUAACGUUUUCAAAGAAGAGGUACAACAGGUUUUGCUCUUUAUGACUUAUGUAGAGAAAAUUGAAUUACAUGAAAUAAUUUAUUCAAACAAUAAGAGUAUAAAUCAUCCUCUGUGUGAAAUUAAAGCAACUAAUUACAAUGUUGACAGGACUAAAGAAUUUUUGAAACAAUUGCAGAAUUUAACUGAACAUAUCCCUGAAACUUCAUUUCAGUGUGUUCAAUCCAAAACAAUUGAAACUGCACAUUUUAAUGAUGAUGGAGUGGAGUCUUUAAAAGAAAAAAAUGACUGGCUUGUAAUAAACUAUGUUAAGGGUCAUCCAUUUUCAGAACAACUAGAAACUCUUUGUACAGCCAGUGCCUCUAUCUAUUUUCCUUAUGUUGGAAUGGCUGCUCGGAUUAAUCAAAGCAGAGAGAAACUUCAAGGCCGUGUUUUUUGUAUUCUUCCACUUCCCAAAACAGAUACAAACUUUACUGGUCUUCCUGUUCAUGUUAAUGGAUUUUUUGCUCUAAGCCAGAAUCGCAGGCACAUCAAGUGGCCAACAAAGAAUCAGGUGAAAACUUCUGCACACACAGAGAAAGAUAUACAGUGGAACUUCUGUAUUUUAAAUGAAAUUCUCCCAGAAGUGUAUGAAAACAUUAUACAAGAACUAAUUUCUUACAGCAAAAAAAGUAGAAACUCACUUGAAUAUGUUCGUCUUGUUUAUGAUCACUUUCCUGUUGAAGACAAAGUUACAAAUGAGUGGCAGGGCCUUGUUGCCCCAUUUUUUAGCCAUAUUCUUCAACACCCAGUAUUUUUUACCCACAAUAAUGGUGGAAAAUGGCUGCAUUUAACAGAAGUUACCUUUCUAAUUGAGAAUGAGCUUAGUCCCUUACUGCAUCAUAUUGUUACAAGGACUUAUAGUUUGUAUAAACAGAACAUUGUAGAAAUUCCGUGUUACUUGAAACAUGUGUGUAGCAUUGAGAAUGUUUCCUUGGUUACACCAGCAGAUUUAUGUAAACUUCUUCAUAAAGGAGAUCACUACAAAAGCUUUAGUAAGGAAGAAAAGAUAGCUAUUCUGUCAUACAUACUCAGUUACCCUUUGAACAGCGAUAACUUAGAAGGUCUUUUUCUUAUUCCGAGAUGUGAUGGAUCAUUUACUGAAUUUUCAGCUAGAACAACAGCAGUUAUCUACAUUGCAACAGAAGAACAAAUUGGUCUUUUCCCUGGACUGGAAGGAGAAUUUCUCUCUAAUGAUUUGCCUGCAGAUCUGUGUAAUCGUUUGUAUGAUUUUGCUGGAAAAGAGAAAUAUGGUUUCAAAUGUUUGAAGAUUGUGGACAUUCCCAGCCUUUUAAAAAGAUGCUUUCAUAUGGAACUCUUGCAGAAAAGCCACAUGGCUACAUUGCAAGACAGUAGUAUCCUGAAUGAAAAUUGGCUGAGAAAGGUUUGGUUAUUUGUGAAUGAUAAUUUUCAUGAUGAACUAUCAAUGCUGAUGGACAUUCCACUGGUACCUGAAAAAAUACAAGGUUGCAUCAGGUUACAUCCACUUGAAAGACCAUUUGUUGUAAGAACUGUGCAGAACUUGGGGUCUCUUCCAGCAGCUGUUUCUUCAGCUGUAGAAAAACUGGGAGUUGUGGUGCUUCCUAGCAUUCCUGAUUACCUUUCAAGUGUUGUUGGUAAAUUUAUCCAAUAUCCAACUGUUGAAGGUGUUCUAAAAGCCAUGUGUCAAAAUCCUCAGGUUCUACAGUUUAAUAAUUCAGCCAGUACCGAGGAAAAAGAUUGCCUUGUUACAUUUCUAGGAAAAAGAGAAGCAUUCUCAGCCACAAAACAUGUCUGUAAAACUUUGAAAGCACUAACCCUCUUUCCAAAUACUGAAGGUAUUUAUGUAAGUAUCAAUCAUGAGAACCAAAUUGCCCCUGAUGGAGGAUUUCCUGUCCAAUUUCCUCGACCCUUGAUAUCCAGUAAUAUGGAAACAAGGACACAGUUAGUAAAAUGUUUAGGUGGUAAGCAAGGAAAAAUGGAAGAAACAGUAUUGUGGGUGUUAGAGGAACAUUUUAGAUAUACUGAAAUGGAAAUUGUGAACUUCAUGGAGUUUGUUCUGAAAAACUGGGAAAGGUUUUUCCAGGACAAAAGAAUUGUUAUCCUUGCAGAAAGAGUCAGUUUUGUUUCUAACAAAAGUGGCUGCUUGAAACAACCAAAUGAGCUGUUUGAUCCUCAUUCUGGAGACCUGAGAGACCUGUAUGAGUUUCAAGAUAAAUUUCCAAAUGGAAUCUUUGAACAUAAAGAUUUUCAUGCAGGCCUCAGAAAACUUGGAUUAAAAACAGUAGAUGAUUUGCUCCUUCAGGAUAUUUGUGACAUUGCUCAUUGUAUUGAUGAGAGAGUACAGAACUGUAAUGAAACAUUAGGAAAGGCAACAAAACUUUUUAGUUUUUUAAUGGAAAGAUCUGAAAUCUGUAAUAUUUCAUCAGAAGAAAGCUUCUACCAAUACAGAUGUUGGCCAGUUUUGAGAAAGAAGCCAGAUAACUACCCGUGUAAUUUAACAUUCUACGGGGAAGAAGAUAAUUGUCCUAAGAUUGAGAAACCUGCAGAGCUCUCUAGCUAUGAAUUUUAUUUUAUUUCAGGUUCUGUACAACCAGUUACAAUAUCACCAGUUCCUCAACAGUUUUGGAAGUACCACUAUAUGCAACCUUCACUUGAUGCAGUAAUAUUCCAUCUGCAAAAUGUCAUCCAAUGUUAUACAACAAAAGAACAUCAUGUUUACCUGAACAUUCUAACAGAAAUAUACCAGUAUCUAUUGGAACACAAGGAACAGUUAAAUAGCACUCAUCGUGCAAGGUUGAAAGGUUUAAAAUGCAUAUGGACUCGUUCAGCAAAUUCAUUUCAGUAUCCUUACCAAGUGUGGCUAAAAACAAUCAGAGAGGAUGUUGAACUCUACCCUUACCGAUCUCCUUUACCUGUUGAUUUUCAGGGCAUGUCUGCUUUGUUUAGAGAACUGGGUUGUCCUGAGCAGCAGAAUGUAGACAUGUUUUUAAAUGUUUUAAGGGAAAUCAGAGAUAAAUACAAAAUUCUGGAAACAAAUAAUGUAUCCAUCAAAGAGGCACAGGGAGAUAUUCAGCUAGCUGUUCAAUUAUUGAAUAGGGUUGAACCAUGUUAUAUUAGUAAUACUGAGAGUCUUAUUCCAGUUGCAGCUACCGAUGAUUCUCAAAUUAAUUUUAAGCCUAUUGUUCAAUGUGUGUAUUAUACACAAGAAGAGCUGAGAGAUUUUGACGAGCAGGACCUAGAAGAUGAGGAACUAUUCUACACUCAUCCAGAAAUACCUAUCUCAACUGCUAAAAAGUUAGGUAUAUCUUCCCUGACGAAUCAUUUUCUCAAUGAAACUGAAGAAAUAAACUUGCAUUAUGGACAGUCUGAACCCCUGACAGUUAGGCUUCAUAACCUGUUAAGAGAAUACACUGAUGGACUAUCAGUUCCAAAGGAACUUAUACAAAAUGCUGAUGAUGCAGGAGCCACUGAAGUGAAGUUUAUGUAUGAUGAGAGAGAAAACCUGGAUGCAAGAUUGUUACUUUUUGAUAAAGAAAUGUCAUCAUGUCAAGGUCCUGCUCUCUGGGUUUACAAUAAUGCAUUGUUUACAAAACAAGAUUUUCUAAAUAUUUCGCAGCUAGGUAAAGGUGGAAAAGAGAAUGAAAUGAAUAAAAUUGGACAGUUUGGCCUUGGUUUUAAUGCUGUUUACCAUUUAACUGAGGUUCCAAGUUUUAUGAGUGGACACACUAUUGUUAUUUUUGAUCCACAUCAAAAGUACCUGGGAAAACGACCAGGACUAAAAGCUGAUCUAAAACUUUUAAAAAACAAAUUGAUGCUAAAAAAACUGAAUGGGCAGUUUAAACCCUUUGAAGGUAUUUUUGGAUGUAAGAUGGUCAAAGAAGAUAACAUUUAUUUUGAUGGAACACUCUUUCGUCUUCCAUUAAGAUCUUCAGUACAAGCUGAAAAUAGUGAAAUAAGCAAAAAAGUUUAUUCUUCUAAAGAGAUGAAUGAAUUUCUCCAAAUUCUCAUGAAACAAGCUGGCAACCUGCUUUUGUUUACACAAAAUGUAAAAACUAUUGAGUUGUAUCAUUUACCAGCACAGGUUGAUGGCCCUCAUGAAGCAAAACUUAUUUUAAGAGUUCAAAAGAAAUGUGAAAUACUUGCCAACCCACACACAGUCUUAGUUAAAUCUCCUGUGUCUUAUUUUGCAAGUAAGAGAGGAGUGGAAGACCAGGAAAAUAUAGCAAGUUUAUGUGAAAAAAUCCAAAUAACUGUUAAUGUUGAAGAUCAUCCAAGCCAGUUGUGCAGUGUACAAAGCAGUGACUUAUCAUGGCUGGUGAGUUGGUCCUCACACAGAUCUACAGAGAAAGGAGUUUUACUGAAUUCAAGAGAGACAGGUGAUGGAGUGUUACCUAUUGCUGCUGUAGCUGUUCCCUUUCAAGGAAAUCUGAAGUUGAUAUCCCUCUCAGAUGUUCCUUUUGGGUUUUACACAAGUGGACAUUUGUUUUGCUUCUUGCCAUUGCCUAUUGAAACUGGACUACCUGUUCACAUCAAUGGGUUCUUUGCAGUGACAUCAGACAGGAGACAACUUGUUUUUGAUACAUGUGAUGACAAAACUAGAAAAAAUGCAGUUUGGAAUCAAUUUAUGUUUGCUGGUCCUGUUAAGCAUGCAUACAUUAGUCUUUUAGAAGAAAUGAAACAGUUUCAUUUUAGUGAAAAUAGCAUGUAUUAUGAUUUGUGGCCAGAGAUUUCUGGACAAUUAACUGAACCUUUGAUCACUAGUUUCUAUAAGUCUGUCGUACAUGAUGACUUGAAAUUGUUUUAUGAUAACUGCUGCUGGUCAUCAUUCCAAUGCAUUCGAUUAUUGAAUCUUCAAAUGUAUAAUGAUGUUGGAAAUAUUGGCAUUGAGACAUUAAAAGUUAUUUGGAAUGAUCCAACUGAGUUGGUUAUUCACUUACCUUUAAAACUGAGGCAGGUCCUUCAAACUCUAAAGUUUGGAGAAGAACUGGAAGCAAGAACUGUGUCAAAACCAGACUUUUACAGGUUGUUAUUUUCUUUCCUGAAAUAUAAAGAAAUGGAAGAGAAAGUAAGAGAUAGACUUCUCAUAUAUGCCAUCAACCAUGAAUCAUCAGGCUUAGGUAACAUUUUAAAAACAAAUCCGUGUGUCCCAACUAUUCCAAAUGGUAAGUUGAAACAACCAAAAUACCUUAUUCACCCUAAAAGUAAAGUUUCAAAGCUGUUCUUAGAAAAUGAAGAAUGUUUUCCCAAAGGAAGCAAAUGCCAGGAUGACCACAAUUUUCAGCAAGAAGAAGUUCUUGAUAUUCUUGUAAAGCUAGGAAUGGCAAGAGAUGAGCUCUCAUGGGAGGCUAUACUAGAAAGAUGCAUACGUGUUGAAAACCUUGCUUGUUACAACUCUGAAAUGGCAAUAUCACUUUGUCAGAAAACCUUAAGUUUUAUCACCAAGUAUAAGAGAGAUUAUGAACAUUGUCCUGAGAAGUUGAAAAAGAAGAUCCAAACACUUAAAAUCUUUCCUGUUCUUGAUAAACCAAAAAGUUGGCCUUAUUCAUGGUUUGGAGAAUCUGCAAUAUCAUUUGUCAGUGCAAAGGAUGUAUGGUUUUCAGAAUGCUCAAGUUUUAUUGGUUGUUGUGAAUUUGUUUUGGACAACAAAUGUUUCUCAUUGGAUUUGAGAGAUGUACUGACUUGGCUUGGUGUAAGAGAAAAAAAAGAUAUCCCAGUUUACACAGUGUGUCAACAGUUAAUAAAGAUAAGUGAACAUCAUGGAGUUUCUCACUGUGAACAAAUCCUACACAGCAUUUACAUGUUUUUAAAUAAUGCUUUAGAUAAAAAGAUGCCACACUGUUCUAUCAGGAAAUACUUUGUUGAUAGAGAUAUUAUAUAUAUGGAUGGCCAACUAGUCAAAGCUUCCACGGUUGCUUUUGAAUUCAACAAGAAUGUUGAACCUUACAUCUUUUCAGCAGAACGCUUACCAGUAUUGAGAAAGUUCAAGAUAUUUUUUGCUGAAAUUGGGGUAAAAGAAGAUUUUGAUAUGCAAGACAUUGUUAAGGUUUUAGAGUUGAUUAAACAUGACAAACAAAAUAUUCAUUUGGCUUCUUCAGACAUAGAACAUAUCAUUAUUUUGACCACACAUUUUGCAAAGUGUCUGCCAGAUCAUGAGAGUGAAAAAAUUCUUGAAACUUUGCAUUUACCAAACUCAGCAGGAUAUCUUACGCCUAUAGAAAAUUUGUGUAGGGAUGAUUGUGAUUGGCUCAUGGACAAAAGUAAUUUAAACACUCUUCAUCCAAAAUUUUCAAUUGAGAUUGCCAAAAAACUUGGCAUUAAGUCAAUGAGAGAACAAGAUCUGAAAAAACACUUACAUUUCUUACCAUUUGGACAGCAUGAAGAACUUACCACUCGUCUGAGGAACAUUUUGUCUGGAUAUCCUAGUGAUUCUUCAUUGAUGAAAGAAAUUGUUCAAAAUGCAGAUGAUGCUGGGGCCAACCACAUUAUGUUCAUCAAGGAUUUCAGGUCACAUCCAUCGGAGAAAAUGCCAGAUGAUUUAUGGAAAUCAAAUCAAGGACCAGCACUGUGUGUGUACAGUGAUGCUGGAUUUUCUUCACGUGACUUGGAAGGAAUACAAAAUAUUGGCAUUGGAAGCAAAUCCAAUGAUCUUCUUAAAGUAGGAAAAUUUGGUGUUGGUUUUAAUGCAGUAUACCAUAUUACAGACAUUCCUUCAUUCUUGACUGUUAGUCCAGAAGUGGAAGAAACUCUUUGUCUAUUUGAUCCCAACUGUAAAUAUUUCUCCAUGUCUUAUAAACACUCGCCAGGUGUUAGCCUUGUAAAAUUGUCAUCUUUACGGGAAAAGUACUGUGAUUUGUUUUCAGCCUACUUGGAAAAAACUCUUGACCUAAAAGGCAAUGGAACUUUAUUUAGAUUCCCUCUUCGAACAGAUGAAAUGGCAAAUGUAUCGAAUAUUUCACAAAAUGUGGUAACUACAGAAUAUGUUGAAAAUUUACUGAAAACAUUUCAUUGUCAAGUAUUUGAAAUUCUUUUGUUCUUGCACAAUAUAAAAGAAAUUUCUGUAGUAAGUGUUGAGGAAGAUGGAAAGCUCAAAAUUGAUUACUGUGCAAAGGUGAAUAUGAGUGGCAGUAAUCAGAAAAAGCAGUAUGAGUAUACAGAACAUAUGAAAAAUGAAACUGAAAAAAUUAACAGAGGUAAUCAGUUUAUGGAUGUGGAUACUAUUACUAUGAAAAGUAUAUGUUACACAAAAGAGAUAAGUGACUCAAAGAGAAAAGAAAUCACAUAUUUAGUUUGUGAACAGCUUGGAUUUUCUAGUAAUAAAAAAAUCUCAGAAGAACUAAAAGAAAAGUGGAAAAAAAAACAGAUCCCAAUGCUACCCAGGGGAGGUGUAGCUUUGGAAUUGUGCCAUACUGGAUUUGAAAUUUCAAAGAAAAAGGUUUACUGUAUUCUUCCACUUGCUACUGAAACUAAUCUACCUGUCCACGUUAAUGGAACAUUUUUCUUGGAAUACGAAACGAGGCACAGCUUGUGGACAGAAAAUGAUUUCAAAAAAAGGUGGAAUGAACACUUGAUUAAAGCUCUUAUUGUUCCAUGCUACUUAAGUGCUCUAUGUGAAUUGACCAUAUACUGUCCAGUCAAAUUUAAAAUUGAGAAUUAUUCUUCCCUGUUUCCUAAACAAAAUAAUUUGGAUGGUUACUGGGAAAUAUUGUUCGUGACCUUUUACGAGGAUCUGAUAGCUACACGACCCCCCUUGUUUCCAACACAUUCUGUUGAUGUACAAAGAAACAACCAGUUGGAUAUAGAAUGGGUACCUGCACAAGUUUUGGAUGGAUUUCCUGGUUUUUUUUAUAAGAAAGACUGUUGUUUAGAUAUGACUAAAAAAGAGAUAGAUGAUAAGCCAAAAAAAUAUAAGAGUGUUUUGAUUAAGCUUGGAAUGAAACUCAUAUGUUGUCAUUUCUUCUACAUUUAUGAGAUCUUGAAGGAACAUCAACCUGAAAAUGAACCACCAGUUGUUCGGAAAAUUAGUCCAAAAGAAGUGAUCACCUUUUUAAAAUCAUUUAAAAACAAUGGGUGUUUGAAUGGCUGCAGGAUUGGGACACUUCCUCAGCAAGUGGAAGCUACUCCAUUUGAAACUGUUGAGAAUGUCAAGAUGGUAGCUGAGUACUGUAUAAAAGUAAAAGACUUUUCCCAAACACUUGAAGGUUGUCCACUCUUAGUGACACAAUCUGGUGAGCUGAGAGAGUUUAGUGAAUUAAACCCUAUUAUUGUUUCUUGUUAUGGGGAGUUAUUAGAAGAGCAUGCAGACAAGAUAUUACAUACAAAACUUAAUUGUUUCUUGAACAUCAUUAAUGAGACUAAAUGUCUCCAACAUCUUGAUAUUUGUACCUUUUCAAAAUUGUUACAGAGUACAGUGGGUCUUAAGGAGCAUGGACAAGGAAAUACUACUAAACUGACACCAAGUUUUGAAAAAUGGAUUAAAAGGUUUUGGAAAUACCUUGAUGAUGAAGUGUCUCGUGCAAAAAAAAGCCAAAGUGAUACAGAAAAGCAAAAAUUAUGUCUUGAAAAAAAACUUCAAAACAUUUGUCAGCUAUUUGAAAAUUGGUCUCUGAUUCCAGCAGUUAGAUCAAGGAAAAAACAUAUUGGUUCAGUUGUUACUAAGGAUGAUGAAAACAUUUUAAUUCCUUUCAAAUAUGCCCAAAACAUCCUGUUUCAUAAUGAGGAAUCAAAGAGAGAUCAGACUGUGCAAAGCACACUGAUAAGUGAAUUUUCUGUUCCCAUUCUGAACAAUCGUUUGGCAUCAUUAAAAAAAGGAAACACUUUUUUAAGACUCUUUGCGGAUAUUGAUGAUCCAGUCUCUAUCUUGAAAGCUCUUGAUUCAUAUAUUCAGGAUAUGUCCCUGAAAUACAGCUUUGAAACAUCACGUGAAAAAAUCUUAGAAUAUUUUUCUCAUAAUUUGGAAACCCUUGAAAAUUGUGGAAAUGUAGAGGUUAAGAGUAUGUUAAAACGAUUACCAUUAUAUCUGACAAUUAGUGGCUCCAUUGUUGCUCUGUCUGAAUUUCCAAAUGUUUUUUACUUGGAAGCAAGCAGUUUCAUAACAAUAGGGGGAUGUGAUUCAGUUUUUCAGAAGUUGUGUUUUAUUGUACUAAAAGAAGAACAAAGUUUUAGUAAUCUUUUGAAGUAUCUACAAAUAUCUUCAUUGUCUCUUUUUGAGUUGUAUGUCAAGUAUGUGUUGCCCUCAUUUGGUUUAGUGACUGAAAAGGAAAGGAUAUAUCACCUGAAGAUAGUUAAAGAUAUGUUAUUGAAACUGACAAAAACUGAAAAAGACAUAAUGUUAUCUGUGCUAAAAGGACUCCAGUUUUUGAAAAAAAGUGACCAAUUGUUAUACAGAGCAUGCAACUUUUUUGAUCCGAGAAACAAGUUGCUUGCAUUAAUGCGUCCUGAAGCUACUGUUAUUCCUGGACCCUUUGGUGAGGAUGAGUGGCUAGACUUUCUGUGUAAAUUUGGUUUGGUAAAAGAAGUGACAGAAGACCUGUUUGUAGCAUUUGCCACAGAAAUUGAGAAGGAAGGACUGCAUAACAGUUCUGUAGUUUUGACAGAGAAGUCAGAAACCUUAUACCAACACAUGAGAAAUAUUAGUCCAGAUAAACUAAGUAAUUUGUGUGAACUUGUCAAAAAUAUAAGAUUUAUAAGUCCACAUCAUCUGAAUGAAAGAGGAUAUUACAAUCUUAUACAUAAACAAUAUGAGAGUGAAACUCAGUUUGUUUCAUUAGAACAUGCAUGUUCACAAACUUACUUUAAAAUUGCAUGGACUACAACCAAUCUUGUAAAAGGUUUGUUUGAGUGUAAAUCACAGCCUGUAUUUCAUUUAGUGCAGAAAAAACCUACAAAAGAACAAGUAAUUAAACACAUAAUAAAUGUCUGUCAAAGUUUACAAAAAACAGUUAAAAUUUUUCUUUCAGAAAAUGAAAGUAAAGAAGUACUUGAAGGUGUUAUGGAGGAACUAUACUCAUAUCUACAAGACUCAGAUCUAACUGAAGAGGAUGUUUCUUCACUUAACAACUGCCCUCUAAUAUAUUUGGAAGAGCAUCAAGAAAUGGUCCCGUCAACUAGCAUUGUUCUGGAAAUAACAUCAGAAUACACAAUUUUAGGGUUUGUGUAUAAAGCUCCAGCAGUAUAUGGUAAAUUUUUUCCACUUUUCAAGCAGCUUGGAGCAUUAGAGACACCCACAGCCACUUUAUAUGCAUCAGUUUUGAAAAAGCUUUUCAAGCUGUCAGCACAAGAAGAUGCUUCAAAUAUUGAAAUGCAGAAAUUUAUUUUGGAAACAGCAAAACGGGCCAUGUGGAAUUUUUUCAGUUUGAUAAAGGGUAACACGCACAUAGUAUCAAAUAUUUUGUAUCUAUUGAACAGUGAAAAGACUCUUUCCAACAGUAGGGACCUUGUCUUUUCUGACAAUGAGGUUACACGAAAAAGAGUUAAGUCUCUUGCCCUCAGUUUCUUCAUUGGAUUUCAGGAGAUUGAACUGAGUGUUGUGGAUCCAUUAGCUACCAUAUCUCUGUUACCAGAAGAUUUUCGGCCUGCCAUUCUCAGUAAACUGGUGAGAGAAACUUUAACAGAUGAAAGUAAAGCUGCAGAGAACAUUGGGGAACUCUCUAAAGAAUUAGAAGCAAAGAUAAAAAAUCAAUUUUUUCUUGCUAAUUUUAUUCGAUUAGCUGUUCAUGAAAAAUCACAAUCAAACUCUACACUAAAAGAAGAAGAUGUUAAAGAUCUUGAAGACAGACUGUUAUCCUUACAGAUUAAACAGGUGAAAAAUUUGGAAACUCAGUUUUCCUUUCAUGGAAAAUGUGUUCCAGGCAGUGUAGCAAGGAAAUCAAGUUUUGUGGAAAUUAGACAAGAGCUUGGACAUUAUUUUGCUUGUGUUUAUGUGGAAGAAUUUGUGACAAAAAACAAGCAGAUAACUGAAGCGAUGAUUACUGCCAUUGACAUCAUGACAAAUAAGAUUCUUGGAUCAUCAUUGCGUUAUCUACAUUAUUUAUUAGAAGAGCAGAAAGAGGAGUUGGAUAAGCUGUUUGAUGACUUCAGUAUUGCAUCUUCUAAUUUCUUUCCACAGCAACAAGUUUUAGGGAAACAUUGUCUUGGAAAACUUGUACCUAAAGAAUUGCAUAGUUCCCUUGAUAACAGUUUCUACAACUUUUGUGUAGGACAGUAUGUGGUGUAUGAGUCUUUUGAUCCAUUGGUUAAGGGGUAUUUAGAAGAUUCACCAGUUUAUUUAUUUUGUAGAAUUAAAAAGAAGAUUUCUUCUGACCUUCAUAAUCUUUCAACAAUGUACUUGAUUGAUUUAGGAAAUGAAGAGGCAACAGUGUCUGUUAGUAGGCUUUUCAAACUUCAGGAAAAUGGUCUAGAAUCUAGUGAAACAUCAUAUGAUCUAAAUUUUAGUGAAAUUCAAAGAACAAUCUGGAAUCUACCACUUGAUGAGGAGGACAAAUUGUAUACAAUAAAGAGACAGAUAACACAUUGUUAUUCCCUGAACCCUUCAGAAGAAAUGUGUGAAAAAUUCAAAGCAAGUAUAAACAACUUUACAGAGUAUUCAAGCAACAUGCAAGAGUUCUUAAGGGAAGAGACCAUUUUUUGCAAUAUUAUAAUAGGUGUGCAAAAAAGAUAUACUUACUACAACACCCAUCACAGAAGGUCUUUCAAUGCCAAUCAUUGUAUUUAUACACCUUGUCCAGAUCCCAAAGAAGCUGACCGGUGGUUGAACCAAGCUAAAAAAGAUCUGGAUGCUGCUUAUGCUUCUCUACAAAAUCCUUGUUAUCAAGCUUUCAACUGGAUAUGUUUUAAGUGUCAGCAAGCAGCAGAAAAAGCUGUGAAAGGAAUGUUGUACACAAGAGACAAGAUGAAGGCUGACAAUGUACAGUGUCAUAGGAUUCAGAAUAUAAUCGAUGUUCUAGACAAUUAUGAUUCAUCUGUACAGAUAAAAAACUUGAGAGAGUCUGUUAGGUCUCUUGAAAAUAUAAUAAUUGAUUACAACAGAAUGAGAUAUCCAGAUAAACUCCAAUACCCUGAUAUUCCAAGCUCUGUAUAUUCCAGAACAGAUGCCCAAAAGUGUUUGAGGUUAGCUAAAGAGAUUGUGACUAUUGCUGAACUCUUUAUUACUGGAGAUGAGAGAAUGUAGAAGUUGGCAAUUAACGGGAAGUAAUUGUCAUGAAAUAUUUUUUUUAAAACUUAAAAUUUUAAACUGAAAAGUAAUAAUUAAUUUGUGAUUAAUAAUAAAUAAAAAGCAUUAGAUAUUUACUUAGGAUGACAGUUUGAAGAGUUUAGUAGAAAAUAAAUAUGUUAUUACAUUAAA